AUGACGGCUGACAGGGAGAAGAGAAGGGCGAUCAGCCGCGAGGCGGCGAGGAAGAGGAGGCGAGUGGAGUCUAACGUGUUUCAGGACCUCUCCCUCCUGCUGCCCCUGCGACCCCCACAGGGCUCACACCUGGACAAGCCAUCGGUCAUCCGACUCACCCUCAGCUACCUACACCUGCGCCGGCUGCUCUCAGACACUCUCCAAACUCCUUCAUCGUUCUGUGGAGUGGGGCGUCUCACCAGAGGACCACAGAAGACAACAGAGUGGAGUGAGGAUGAGGAGACGAGUGUGCUGCUGAGCCUCCUGGAGGGCUUCAUGAUGGUCGUGUCCCUCCGAGGAGACAUGCUCUUCCUGUCCAGUAACGUCAGCCAGUACAUUGGCCUGUCACCGAUUGAAUUAAUUGGACACAGUCUCUUCGAUUUCACUCACCCAUGUGACCACGGAGAAAUAAGACGUAACCUGCGACUCAUGGCAGGUGAUGUUUGGCACGGUGACAAGCGAGACUUUCUUGUCAGAUUUAAGAGCACUUGCAGACAGAGAGGACGCAGCAGCAACCUCAAGUCCACCACGUGGAAGGUGGUGCACUGUCAAGGCCUUCGGUCCGUUUCCUGUCUGCUGCUGGCCUGCCAGCCCCUCCCCCUGUCCCACAUGCUGGUCAGCACACACACCUUCAGCAGCUGGCACAGCAUGGACAUGAGGUUCACUCACUGUGACCCCAGAGUGAACGAGCUUUUGGGCUUCACUCCCGACGAACUUCUGGGUCGGUCCAUCUACGACUUCUGCUACACUCCGGACACGAACACUCUGGCCAGGAAUCACAUGAUCUUGUGCUUCAGGUGUCAGUCUGUCAGUACUCAGUACCGGAUGCUGGUCAAAAGUGGCGGCUGCGUGUGGGUGGAGAGCCACUGUGCAGUGCUCCCUACUGUCAGAAGCCCCAGGUGUAGAGAUGAGAGCGAACCCCCAAUCUGCAUUGUCUGUGUCACCUAUAUUCUCAGGUGUGUGUGUGUGUGGGUACAUGAUGCCACAUAG